UUGCCGGUGUUAUUUAUCAGUGUGGCCGUACGAUGGGGUUUAGCUGCACGCUGUGUGGACUCGGUCCACGGAUGACCGUGUUCGUAAUAGGCACGAUCACGCUGGUAUUCUCCCUGCUAAUGGCUGGCUUAGCUACGACCGCAAUACUGGCAUACAACUGUGAAAUCGACAUGACAGACUCGAAGGAAACGUACGGGCUCUAUUUGUUUUACUUCCGCUCGAAGGAGUGCGGUCCCGUUGAUCUGCGCUAUCUGGGCAUUGACGUUAACGUUCCGAUAGACUUCCCAGAUACAACUGAUGCUGUUGAGCGAACGUUUGUGUUUGCAAUCGUAUCUGCUGCACUGCAUGGUGCAUUGGCCGUUACGACGGUACUACUGUUCGGUACCAUGUGUGUCUCAUGUCUGGGACGUAGUUGCGUGGUAGUAGGAUUCUAUCCCUGGAUUCUUGCCAUGUUCCUUGUCCUAGCGCUGGAUGUUACCGGUUUCGUGGUUUAUUUGAUCGAUUUCAUCAAUGUCAUGGAUCUCGAUGGAGUGAUAGACCUGCUGGAACUGGACGAUAACAACAUCAUACGGCAGGUAUUGGGACAGGUGGACGACAUUUACUUUAUCGCGCCUUCCCUCUUUAUGUGGCUCGCGUUCAGCAAAGCGGUACUGUUUUGGUUUAUGUUUGUCGUUUUCCUGGCCGUCAUCAUAAGUCUUUCGAUGACACUGUGGAAGGAAAACAAACCGGCUCCAGCGUACAACGAAUCGAUGCAACCACGACAAGUCAUGCAUCCCACCAGCCCACCGGCAAAUCUAGAAGAAUCCCACCGCUCUUCUGCGACACGUUACUUCGAUCAAGCUCCUCAGCAGCAGCAGCAACAGCAACAGAUGCCUGUGCUUCAUCAGCAAACGCACGACCAUUUGGCACGAAUUUAUCCACCGAUGCCACCACCAAAUCAGCUUCAACUGCCACACUCCGAUCCGAACGUGCGACGCACGGUGGAACCGUUAAAUGAUGCGUACGAUUCCAGUAGCUUCCGGGAGGACAGUUUACCGUACAUGCCAGCACCAACGGUUCAGGUUCAGGAGCCGGCCGUCCCGAUGCCGCUGCACGUGAAGCAAACGGUCGAUCCAUUCACCGACAAACGCUUCUCGUAUCUACCAGGACAACCGGCACCAUUCUCGUACCUUGCCGGGCCACCGUCGGGCAACAGUCCGCGAAGCUCGGUAACGGCACCACCGGAAGUGCGCAAUCAGCUGCCCUGGUCUUACUUCCCAGCAGCGGACGACAAGAAGGCUGCCAGCAAACGGUUAACGUCCACGCUAACGGAGGAGAAAGAAUUCCCUGGCGAGGAGAAACAACUACCGACGCUCAAGGGUGGAGCGUUUCCCGACGAUCGAUCCAGCGUAACAACGGAUGAAGGAAAGUGGAGUGGACCUGAGUACAAAUACUAGUCAAAUUACGAAACC